AUAUGAAUCAGAAAUAUCGGUUAAGUUUCAUCAAAUCUUUAAUCAAAUGAUAGAUCAGAAUAAGUUUCCAGAGAUUACAGAGGAAGAUCUUAUUAACUUUCAUGAGAAUCAUUUUAAUAGCGAAUCAUUAGAAAUUUUCAGUUAUUUUUUGAAAAAAGAUGAAAAAAAUAUAUUUAAUAAUGCCAAUUUUUUAGGAUUUCAUACAUAUUCAGAUGGAAACAUUAGGACUUUAAAUGAAGAGGAUAUCGCAUAUUUCAAAUGGUCAGAAUCAUUUAAAUCAGAAGCAAAACAUUCAACAUAUUUUGUUUCAAAUAAAACAGAAUCACUUGAAGAAGAUCAAGAAAUGAAAGAAGAAUUAAAAGCACAUAUACCAUCAUAUUCAAAGCUUGUUAGAAAUGAUAACGAACUUUUUCUAAGAUAUGGAGAAAAAUAUGAGCUGAUUAAAAAAGAAGAAGAUGCACUUGAUACUUAUUAUUAUGAACUUUCACGAAAAAAUACUAAUCAUGGUACUGAUGAAAAUAAAAUAAAAGUAAAUUAUUGGCCAGCUAUACCUAUUCGUAUUUAAACGAUUUUUGCUCUGUGAUACAUCUAUAUCUAUGAUGAAAUCAUAU